AAAACUAGCAAAUUUCUUCCUUUCUGCAUAUUCCCGUUUUGAAAACUAGGGUUCAAUCAUCUGUCCAUUUUUAAAAAAAUUUCUCUCCCAUUUUCCCCUUCUUCAUAAAUACGGGUUCCCUCCAUCUCUACGCGAUUGCUUUUGGUACGAAUUCGGUGUAAGAGUCGGCAAACGAGCUGCAUAAUGCCUCAAUCUGGCAACGGCGCUGCUGGAAUUGAUAACACUUUCAGAAAAAAAUUCGACCGAGAGGAGUAUCUGCAACGCGCCCGGGACCGCGAAGCUAAGGAAGAAGCUCGGAACAAAUCAAAAUCAAGUGGUCCACCAGUGCAAAGGAAACCAUUGAAGCACAGAGAUUAUGAAGUGGACCUUGAAUCACGCCUGGGGAAGACUCAGGUCGUGACUCCUAUUGCACCCCUCAGUCAGCAGGCUGGAUACUACUGCUCAGUUUGCGAAUGUGUAGUUAAAGAUUCAGCAAACUACUUGGAUCAUAUUAAUGGAAAGAAGCAUCAACGAGCUUUGGGAAUGUCCAUGCGGUCCGAAAGAGCAACUUUGGAGCAGGUCCAGCAGCGGUUUGAGGUUCUCAAAAAGAGGAAAGAUACUCCGGGCUUUACAGAGCAAGACUUUGAUGAGCGGAUCUUAAAACAACAACAAGAAGAGGAGGAAAGAAAGCGUCAGCGUAGAGAGAAAAAGAAAGAGAAGAAGAAAGAGAAGGCAGUAGAGGAGGAACCUGAGAUCGACCCUGAUGUUGCAGCUAUGAUGGGAUUUGGAGGUUUUGGAUCGUCGAAGAAGUGAUCUAUGAUCUGGCUCCUAAAUCAGAAAUGUGGGUAAAGCACAUACUUGGGUUUCUCCCAUACUAGUCUAUGUGGGAAUCCAUGCCUUUCUUUGUCGAUGCACUGUAGGCUUUUAGAGAGCUUGACCAUGAUCGUUGAUGCAAGAUUCGCAGAGGCUUUGAUAAGUUUCAGGUUGUCUUGUGAUGUAAUCUUUUCAUCUUCGCGUCUGCUUUGUUGUGGUGCAAAUCUCGAGGCCAAGAUUGGGACCUUAAGAGCUGCUAGUUAACAAUCAGUGAUGCAUAAUGUUAAAUUUGGGUUAAGGAGGAAGAGAAAAUCAUCUUCCGGCUUAGUCGAUGCAAGAAAUGAAGUUUUAAUUUCAAUA